AUGUUAAAGACACUUUCUCGCCACAGAUUUGUCGCAUUGCGGUCCCGACGACAACUAUCUUUGAGAAUAGCCAUGCCUUUCGGAUAUUUCUUGCCAGCAGCCGGAUCUGCCCGUGAAUAUUACAAUCUUCCGUUUCUAAGUCACCUGAGAAGCCUAACGUCGACGGCAAGACGGUUCAAUGAAGAGAAAAACAGUAAUGAAGAGAAAAACAGCGAUGCAGCGAUUUCAGAGACACAUGCGGCUGAUCAAGAAAAGGGCAACAAUACAGAAGAUGUUGCUCCGGCGGAUGAUUUUCUCACGACGAUAUUCGAUAGUAUGGAGCCUUACAUCGACACCUAUGAAGUCUACAAGCAGCUCACGCGAGCAGGGUUCACGGCGGAGCAGAGUAACGAGAUUAUUGAUUUGUUGGUGUAUCAGCUCAACACCAAACUCUCCAAACUCUCAACAAAAUACUCACAGAUUUACGAGUUGGAGAACGAGCAGUACUUGUUUGAAAGUGCCCAGCAAGAGUUGCGGGUUGACAUCACCAGAAACCGAGAGCAACAUAUCAACGAUGCCGUCACGAAAAUUAAUGCUCUCGAAACAGACUACGAGGUGAUUAGUGACGAGCUCAACAACCACUUUAUCCAAAUGAAAAACGAUGUACAGGUGGCCAUCAACGACCAGAAGUCGGACAACACAUUGAAAAGCAAGAAAAUCAUGCUUCGCAUCCAGGAAACAAACCACAAAAUUACCACAGAACUCAACAUGGCCAUGCGAUCUGAAAUCGAGAGUUUGCGCUGGCACUUGUCUCGCUGGGGUUUGAUUGCCAUCAUGGCUUCUGUAUGUGCAUCGUCCGUCACGAUCUAUGUGUACCGGAUCAAAAAGGAACGGGCGAACUCGGCCAACAACGAGUUCGUUCCGCUUGUCAUAUAUGAGCCCAGUGAGUUUGACGAGGAUGACUAUCAUGCCGAUCUAGAUCCCAAUGCUAUAUAA